GUUGGAUUUGCGAUUUGACAGAAACUGAGUCGUGAUCAUCCGGUCGAGCCGUGGGUGGAUAGCCUUCCCUAUUUACCAUCCCCUCCGCCGAGAUUAUUGUCAGCUCGCUGAGUGGCUACAUGGACGACUGUUGUUCGCCGUUUUGGGGAUAACGUCUCUGGCUUGUUUCUCGACGUGUGUGUGCGGCUCGGACACCGGGGAUAUCUCCUAACCGUUUGGCCGACCGAGCGUCGCUUUCCCAGGCUAAGCUAACAGCAGCACGGCGUAACGGGUGGGGGUGGAUUUCUACAUUUCUUUCGGCCCUCGGGAAGCGAAUAUAAAUAAUGUCUCGGUAGUGUUUUGUGGGACAAUGACAAGCGCUGGAGGCAGAUCUAAUGGAGACGAGCUAGAAGAGGAGAAAUAUCAGCGGAUGAGUAUCGGUUGAACGAUCUAUAAAGAGGUGAAAAGUAGUUCAGCUUGGCGAAGCUAGUCGGUUAGCUACGUUGAUCGAGGAAGUUGACUAGCCACCUUGCUAACUCGGCGACAAAUGUAUUACUGGACCAAGGGUCGCCUCAAACGUUAUUAGUCGAUUUAAAGAGACACAAAACAGGCUGGUGAUGCUGAUUUUUAAAACUGGCGUGUACAAAGACAAAUAGUGCGAUUUUAACCAAAACUAGCUAACGUCAAUUGGCUUACCGUUAGCUAGUGAGUCGGAGCUUGUAAACAAAGAGUCCCGAGCUCCACCUGUCCUCAGCAACGUUACACAUCGGGUUACACUUAACCGACUGUUUCACGUACAUCGUUGCCUUUUUAUUAGCAUUGAACCAACUCUCAGAGAUGGAUUUAAAGACAGCAGUGUUUAACGCAGCAAGGGACGGUAAACUCCGGCUGCUUCAGAAACUGUUAGAGAACAAAGAUGGACACGAGGUGACCAAGUUGAUGGGCGAGAAGACAAACGGGGCCACCCCGCUCCUGAUGGCGUCCAGGUACGGCCACCUGGACCUGGUAGAGUAUCUGCUGGAGUGCUGCAGCGCUCCCGUUGAGGUCGGUGGGUCCGUGAACUUUGACGGGGAGACCAUCGAGGGAGCGCCUCCCCUUUGGGCAGCUUCUGCGGCGGGUCACCUGAAGGUGGUCCAGUCCUUGCUGGGCCACGGAGCAUCUGUGAACAGCACCACCCUGACCAACUCUACACCACUGAGGGCAGCUUGCUUUGACGGCCACCUGGACAUUGUGAAAUACCUGGUGGAGCACAAAGCUGACCUGGAGGUGGCCAACAGACACGGCCACACGUGUCUCAUGAUUUCCUGCUACAAAGGACACAAGGAGAUAGCACAGUAUCUCUUGGAGAGAGGCGCAGACGUCAACAGGAAAAGUGUAAAAGGUGAGGGGGCGGCAGACAAACAGCUAUCAGCAACAAAUGACAUACAGUAG